GAGCCGCUUCCCCGGCGCCGCAGCCUGUAGGACUCUCGCUCCCAUCCUCGCGCUCCGGCGCCGGCUCCUCCAUCUUGGCCUGGGCAGUGGCGGCUGCCGGGAGGAUGUGCCGCCUUCUGGCCGGGGGAAGAAGGAGGAGAAGAUGAAGAAGUACCGGCGGGCCUUGGCCCUGGUCUCCUGCCUCUUUCUGUGCUCCCUGGUCUGGCUCCCCAGUUGGCGUGUGUGUUGUAAAGAGAGUUCUUCAGCUUCAUCAUACUACUCUCAUGACGACAGUUGCGCGCUAGAAAAUGAAGAUGUGCAAUUCCAGAAAAAGGAUGAAAGAGAGGAACCUGUCAGUACUGAGUUAUCAGGAAAAGUGGGUUCAAACUUACCUGUUCCUCCAGAAGAACAUAAAUUAAAAGAUGAAGGCAUUGUGGAAGUACAAAAUACGGAGUCAAAAAAGUUAAGUCCACCGGUGAUUGAGACACUCUCUACAGUUGAUCUACAUGAAGAUUCUUCCGGUGCAGUUGUGGGCAGUGAAAACAUAGAAAAUAUUUCCAGCUCAUCUACCUCAGAGAUCAUUCCAAUCUCAAAGCUUGAUGAAAUAGAAAAUUCUGGUACUAUUUCUAUAGCCAAGCCACAUGAGACUGAGCAGCCUGAAACUGAUUGUGACGUUGGCGAGGCUCCUGACACACAUGCUGCAGUUGACCAGCCUUCCUUUGUCCGUCCACAUGAAAGUCUUGUUGGCCAGCAUAUAGAAAAUGUGUCAUCUUCACAUGGCAAAGGAAAGAUAACAAAAUCAGAAUUUGAAUCAAAAGUUUCAGCAAAUGAUCAAGGUGGCAGUGAUCCAAAAUCUGCAUUGAAUGCUUCAGAUAAUUUAAAAAAUGAGAGUUCUGAUUAUACAAAACCAGAAGAAACUGACCCUACAUCUGUAACAAGUCCCAAAGAUCCAGAAGAUAUACCAACGUUCGAUGAAUGGAAGAAGAAAGUUAUGGAAGUAGAAAAAGAAAAAAGUUUGUCUGCAGGUCAGUCAAUGCAUACAUCUUCUAAUGGAGGUCUACAUGCCACGAAAAAGGUCCAGAAAAAUCGAAAUAAUUAUGCCUCAGUAGAAUGUGGUGCCAAAAUUUUGGCAGCUAAUCCAGAAGCCAAGAGUACAUCUGCUAUUCUUAUAGAAAAUAUGGAUCUUUAUAUGUUGAAUCCUUGCAGCACUAAAAUUUGGUUUGUUAUUGAACUUUGUGAACCAAUUCAAGUAAAGCAGUUUGAUAUUGCAAAUUAUGAAUUAUUUUCUUCUACUCCUAAAGAUUUUCUGGUUUCUAUCAGUGACAGAUAUCCCACAAAUAAGUGGAUUAAGCUGGGUACUUUCCAUGGAAGAGAUGAGAGGAAUGUCCAGAGUUUCCCUUUAGAUGAACAGAUGUAUGCAAAAUAUGUGAAGAUGUUCAUCAAGUACAUAAAGGUGGAGCUGGUAUCCCAUUUUGGAUCAGAGCACUUCUGUCCAUUAAGCCUUAUAAGGGUAUUCGGUACUAGCAUGGUAGAAGAGUACGAGGAGAUUGCUGAGUCCCAGUAUCAGUCAGAACGUCAAGAACUAUUUGAUGAGGACUAUGAUUACCCACUGGAUUAUAAUACUGGGGAGGAUAAAUCCUCAAAAAACCUUCUUGGUUCUGCUACAAAUGCCAUUCUAAAUAUGGUGAAUAUUGCCGCUAAUAUUCUGGGAGCAAAAACUGAAGACCUGACAGAAGGAAAUAAAAGUGUAUCUGAGAAUGCCACUGUCACAGCUGCACCGAAAGUGCCUGAACCAGCAGCUCCUGUUUCAACUCCGGUUCCAUCAACUGAGUUUGUAACCACUGAAAUACAUGGCCGUGACACAGAGCAGCCAACACCAGAUACUCCCAAAGAGAGCCCCAUUGUACAGCUAGUUCAAGAGGACGAAGAGGAGGCAAGUCCGUCCACAGUGACCCUUCUGGGGAGUGGUGAACAGGAGGAGGAAUCAUCUCCCUGGUUUGAGUCAGAGACACAAAUAUUUUGCAGUGAACUGACCACAAUUUGUUGUAUUUCUAGUUUCUCAGAAUACAUAUAUAAGUGGUGUUCAGUUCGAGUUGCUCUUUAUUGGCAACGCAGCACAACUGCUCUGAGUCAAGAGAAGGGUUAUCUUGUGUUGGCUCAGCCACCUUCACUGCUUCCUGCCGAAUCAGCAGAUGUUCCAGUAUUGCAGCCUCCUAUGGGAGAGUUGGACCAGAAGAGGAAGGAAAAGGAAGCUGAGACUGAUGUUCUGGGUGACGUGAGGAGCACGCACCAAAGUGAUCCGGUUAAUCACACUGCAGAUGCAAUUGAACUCGAACCAAGCCUUCCUCAGACUCUUCCUCAGUCUCUUCUCUUAGAUGUCACUCCAGAAAUUCAUUCAGUGUCUAAGAUAGAAGUAUCUGAGCCUGUUAAAUAUGAGGCGGGACACACACCAUCCCAAGUGAUUCCCCAGGAGAGUUCUGUUGAGGUUGAUACCGAAACGGAAAAGAAGUCUGAGGGUGUUAGUUCUGUCGAGAAGCCAACUGCGAUCUAUGAAACAAAUAAACUUACUGAAGUAAUGGAUAAUACUGCAAAAGAAGACAUAAAGUCCACGCAGGUUAUCGCAAAGCCGUCAGAAACAAUAGUGCCACCUGUCAGCACAGCUCCUGUGCCAGACACUGAAGAUGGGGACGGCAACAUGAACGUAGCUGACACGCCAAAGCAAACUGUGACUCCUGUUGUGGAUUCUUCUUCAUUGCCUGAAGUAAAAGAGGAAGACCAGUCUCCAGAAGAUGCUCUUUUAAGAGGGUUACAGAGGACAGCUACAGAUUUUUAUGCAGAGUUGCAAAAUUCUACAGAUCUAGGAUAUGCUAAUGGCAAUCUUGUACAUGGAUCCAACCAAAAGGAGUCCGUGUUUAUGAGACUUAAUAAUCGUAUUAAAGCCUUAGAAGUGAACAUGUCUCUCAGUGGUCGCUAUCUGGAGGAGCUUAGCCAAAGGUACCGAAAACAAAUGGAAGAAAUGCAAAAGGCUUUCAAUAAAACAAUAAUAAAACUUCAGAAUACUUCGAGAAUAGCAGAGGAGCAGGAUCAGCGGCAAACUGAAUCCAUCCAGUUGCUACAGGCACAGCUGACCAACAUGACACAGCUUGUUUCCAACUUAUCGGCAACAGUAGCAGAAUUAAAACGUGAGGUUUCAGAUCGACAAAGCUAUCUCAUCAUAUCUUUGGUUCUCUGUGUUAUUUUGGGACUGAUGCUUUGUAUGCAGCGUUGUCGAAACUCCUCUCAGUUUGAUGGAGAUUACAUUUCAAAACUUCCUAAAAGUAAUCAGUAUCCAAGCCCUAAAAGGUGUUUCUCAUCCUAUGAUGAUAUGAAUUUGAAAAGGAGAACUUCAUUCCCACUCAUUCGAUCCAAGUCUCUACAGUUAACUGGCAAAGAAGUAGACCCAAAUGCUUUGUACAUUGUAGAACCCCUCAAGUUCUCUCCAGAAAAAAAGAAGAAACGCUGCAAGUACAAAACAGAAAAAAUUGAGACCGUAAAGCCAGCAGAUCCAUUGCACCCUAUAGCCAAUGGAGACAUAAAAGGAAGGAAGCCCUUUACGAACCAGAGAGAUUUUUCUAAUAUGGGAGGCGUUUAUCACUCAUCUUAUAAGGGUCCUCCAUCUGAAGGAAGCUCGGAAACUUCGUCACAGUCAGAAGAGUCCUAUUUUUGUGGCAUUUCAGCUUGCACAAGUCUGUGCAACGGACAGACCCAAAAGACAAAGACUGAGAAGAGGGCUUUAAAACGAAGGCGCUCUAAAGUCCAAGACCAAGGAAAGUUGAUAAAAGCUCUGAUACAGACUAAGUCAGGGUCAUUGCCGAGCCUGCAUGACAUCAUGAAAGGAAACAAAGAGAUCACCGUGGGAACAUUAGGUGUUACAGCAGUCUCGGGACAUACCUAGAAUUAAUCGAACUUUUCAUACUGGAGACUUUAUUGUUGUUCUUUGAAGAACAGUCUGUGGUAUUUGAAGGGUUUGUGGGGGUGGGGGGAGAAAAUAGUAACGGGAAAAGUAUUCAGAAAUUAUGAUUUCUGCCUUUUUAAAAAGUAGGUGGGAUUGUGUCAAUCUUGGUUAACAAGCUGCAGUUCUACAAGGCUGAUCAGUUCUUGCAAGGACACCGGUAAACGUUUUAUACAGAUGUUUUUUCACAGAUUAAUUACUGGGGCAAAAGUAAUGUGGAAGCCCAGUCCUUGGGUGGGAUAGGAACGGAAGCCUAAACCUUUUCCUUUAGCUUUGUUCCUAUUUCUCGCACCUUCCCAUAUUUAUGUGCCUUUUGUCUAUUUAUAAUGCCACUGGAAGAGGAGGGGGAAUUUUUUCUGUCAUUUGAUUUUUAUUUUUUAUUUUUUAUAACUUUGUUAGUUUUCUGAAGCCGCAAACACUACAAGGCUUUAAGGUUAUCUGCACCUGAAGUUCAGCAGUGGGGUCAGACAGUGGAAAGAUCCUGAAGACCUGUCAGCAAGACCUGGUUAGCCAACUCACUUGAAACAAAUGCUUGCUGGAAUUUUUAAGUCUGUUCUUUUAGGUAAAUGGUGAUAAUGUUAUUUUCUUUUAACUUAUUCACACUAGCUUUUUUUCAGUUAUUAAUUCAAUGAGGAAAACACAACCACAAGAUCUUUUCUUACAUAUGACUGAUAUUUGCAGAUAACUGUUUUAUAAAUUCACCUUUUAAACACAUUUAACCACUUGUACAGGUUUUCUUUAUCUACAUUACAUUUUGAACAUCUGCAAUAAGCAGUAAUUCUCCAGCGUUUCCAUUACUACAUAUAGAAAAUGUGAAGGUUUGUCAGAUGAGUGCAGGCCUCACGUGACGGAAUCAAAGCGUGUGGACACGUGCACGGAACCAGCAGUGAGCGUCAAGCCUUGUCCAUCGGUCAAGUCGAAAGGGAUUGUAUAGUCCUUGAUGUUUGCUUGCUUUGUAGUGGCUGCAAACGUGCAGAGGUAUCCAUGUGUGAGGUCCAUGUGUCUGUCUUCAUUUUGUCCUUUUUUCCCUUUAAUUGGCAGCGACUGUCUUUGAGUAAAAUGAUUUGUUAGUAUGUGUUUGUACAGUAAUGAGUGAAAGUGGAAAAUUUCUUUCUGAAAGGGAGAGGAUUGACCAUUUUGUGUUGUAAGACUUAACUUAUUGAGCACUUUUAGUAAUAACUAUUUUUAGACUUCUCUAAUACCUUUCUGGGGGUAUUGUUUGUAAUGUGACUUAUUUAAAGCCUUUUUUGUUUGUUUAAGUUGCUGCUUUAGGUUGACAGUAUGUUCUAGGUGAUUUACAUUUUUUUCCAGUCUGUACAAUUAGCCAUUCAGAGCAAGAGGCCUGAUUGUAUAGAAACCCACUGAGAAGCGGUCCAGAGUGCAGGCGGGGCGGGAAGUCACCCCGUGGCAGCACCCCGUGUCGUGGGAAGGUGACUUUUCACUGUAGCUACGGAGCUGUAGUGCCAUUAGAAACUGUGAAUUUCCAAAUAAAUCUGAACACUUGUCUUU